GCAGACCACACGAGCUCCGCAGAACACAACACCAACACAAUAAAUUGAGCGUACAAUUGAGAUUAGGUUCCGCACAAUCUCUCUCUUUCUCACUCUCUCUCUUACUCUGCUCUUGCGGCUAGGGUUUUUCUCUCUCUUACACUCGUGAAGCUUCUCUCUUUCUUUCGGAUCUCUCUCUCUAUAUAUAUAGAAAUAUAUAUAUGUUUAUAUACGUAUUUGAUGGAGUCGUUGUUAAGGUAAGAGGUUCUCCGCCUUUCACUGUUUCACAGUGAGGAAUCUCUCUCUGAAACUUAGGGUUUUUGCGUCAAGCAGAAGCAUAUAUAUAUAUACACACAUAGGAAAUGGCGACCGCAAACCCAUUUGAUUUGUUGGGGGAUGAUGAUACCGAGGAUCCAACGCAGCUUAUUGCAUAUCAGCAGCAGAAGGUGGCGGCGGCUGCGCCGGCCACCAAAAAGGUUCCGGCUCAGAAUCAAGGCAAGCCGGCGACUCAGGCUCAGGCUCAGGCUCAGCAGAACAAGCAGGCUAAGCUGCCCUCGAAGCCUGUACCUCCUUCGCAGGCUGUGAGGGAGGCCAAGAGCGAAACCGGACGAGGAGGUGGACGUGGUUAUGGUCGAGGCCGUGGCAGCGGUGGGUUUAAUAGGGGUUCUGCUGAUAAUGAGAACUCUUUCAAAAGCAGUGGUGGACCUGCUGGUCAUAAUGCCUCUGAGGAAGGGGAGUCUGGCAAGCUCUCUGAAAGGCGUCCCUAUGGUGGAUCUCGUGGUCCUUACCGCGGCGGUCGUCGUGGUGGAUUUGCUAAUGGGGAAGUUGAUGAUGAGGAACGCUCUCGUAGAGUGUUUGAACGUCGCAGCGGUACUGGUCGGAGUGGUGAUAUCAAACGUGAAGGAUCUGGCCGUGGGAACUGGGGAACACAGACCGAUGAACUUUCUCAGGUGACUGAAGAAGUUGUCAAUGUGACUGAGAAGAAUUUGAGUGAUGAUAAGCCUGUAGGAGAUGAAGGUGCUGAAGAUGGCAACAAGGAGGCCCCUGCUGAUGAAGCUGAAGAGAAAGAACCUGAGGAUAAGGAAAUGACAUUGGAGGAGUAUGAAAAAGUGCUGGAAGAGAAGAGGAAGGCGUUGCAGACACUUAAGACGGAGGAGAGAAAAGUGGACACAAAAGAAUUUGAAUCCAUGCAACAGCUUUCAAACAAGAAAGAAAAUGAUGAUGUCUUUAUUAAGUUGCGCUCUGACAAGGAUCGGAGAAAAGAGGCUGCUGAAAGGGAUGAAAAGGCCAAAAAGUCUGUUAGCAUUAAUGAGUUCUUAAAGCCUGCUGAAGGAGAAAGGUAUUACAGCCCAGGAGGUCGGGGCCGUGGUCGUGGCCGUGGUUCCAGAGGAGGGUUUAGCGGAAACUACCAAGGAGGGUUUAGCGGAAACUACCAAGGUAAUGCAGCUGCCCCCUCUAUUGCAGAUCGUGGGCAGUUCCCUACCUUAGGUGGCAAGUGAGAAUCUCAAGAACCCCCAACUUAAGUCUCGUCAUUUAGAUUUUUGGGUUCUUAUCUUUUGAUCUGAAAGUAAGUAAUUUGACUAAAUAAUUGGAUUUCCAGCAUAAAAGUUUUUUUCUUUUUUUUUUUUUUUUCAAUUUUUAUGCAUUAAAAUGUAAAUCCCAGGCUAUUCAUAUGUUCCCUUGUAGUUUCUUUUCUAGUGUUUUAAGAUGUUUUUUGUUGUUUUUUAUUUUAUUUUUGACUUUGGGGCGUAUGAAAAGGAUUUAUUUCACUAAAACCUCUGUUGUUGACCAGUUUUGUUAUUGGAAUAGAUCCAAAAGACUUUUUCUGUUUCA